CGCGCCGCGGGCUGCAUCCAAGCUCUGAACCGCAUGCUUCCUGGGGUUCCCGCCGCGUGCUGCCCCGGUCGGCCUGGAGCCGGGGCCCCUCCACCGCCUCGGCGAUCCUCGCUCUCCCUGCCGCUUCUGUGACGGACACGGAUCUCACGUGUUUUCCUGGAUGACGGACUUCAGGAGCCUUCCCGGGAACUGCAGAGUCAGAUGCAGUUAGUAAGUAAAUCCAGAGGGGAAUCCAAGGUGGCGGCGCCGGGAGGACCUGACCAGCGGGACAGCAGUGUCUGCACAGAGACCAACAGACCGAACUCUGGGCCCUAAAACACCAGUGAUUGUGUUUCCCAGGUGAGAGGAAACCCCACGGUGUGGGAAGCAGUGGGGACCAACAUCAGGUCACCCAGAUAAUCUCUGGAAAAGGUCUUGGGCUCUGGCAGGCACUCAGCCAACUGCCCAGAGGUCUUCCUGCACGCCUGACUCACUGCCCCAGACAGAACCGAGGGCCUCAGAGCACCAGAGACUGGGUUUUCUUGUCAGGAGGAAACCCAACCAGGAGGAAAACCCACCACGAAAAAAACAUUGGGGUCAGACCUCAGGGCACUCAGCCGACCCCCCCACAGAGUGCUGUGCUCACCUGCCACUGAUUACUGCUUGAGUACUGGGGCACAGAGCUCCAGCCUCAGACCUACAGAAGCCUGGGAUCCACGAGAUCAACCCCAGACACUGCUCCAAGGAGCAACCUGUCUCCCGAGCCAAACUGACCAAAACGCUGGGCUCCCUGGUUCUUCAAGAGGCCUGCACCCAGCAAACACACUCACUGUAAGAGCAGCAGCUCACUAAUUUCAGAGCAAGAAACCCAGUGGCAGGGCCGCUAUCUUCAGGACUCCUGGUGAGAGGAGAGCCCCGCUGACUACCAACGACCACAGUUAGCACACAGGUCCAUACGCCUGAUAAGCACCGGCCAUUCGGUGACCAUACCCAAGAAGCUGAGGAGGCCUCCUUCAGGAACAACCAUCUUCCUGCCAAGGGGAUUCUCCCCACCCUAGGAUUCCAGCAAGCACCAGAAACUAACAGCCAACACCUGAGACAGCCAGAUGGGUAGAGGCCGGCGUAAAAGCACAACCAACAAAAGCCAAAGCAAUAUGGCAUUGGCAUCUCCAGAACCCAGUUAUCCAGGGGCAAGUAGCCCUGGACACCCUAUCAUAAGUGAAACUCAAAAUGACCGUAUAUCUGUGCUUAUGAAGAGGAUAAUGGAGGAAACAAAUAAAAUAUGUAAAGAAAUACAGGAAGAUAAAGACAAAAAGAUUACGGCCAUCCUUAAAGAAAUAGAGGAAGAUGCAGCCAAACAGAUUAUGGCCAUCCUUAAAGAAAUAGAGGAAGAUACAGCCAAACAGAUUAAGGUCAUCCGUAAAGAAAUACAGGAAGAUAAAGAAAAACCGAUUACAGCCAUCCUUAAAGAAAUACAGGAAGAUGCAGUCAAAAAAAUUACGGCCAUCCAUAAAAAAAUACAGGAAGAUGCAGCCAAACAGAUUACGGCCAUCCGUAAAGAAGUACAGGAAUAUGCAGCCAAACAGUGUGUGGCAUUUAGAGAGGAAGUAAUUAAAUCACUGAAUGAAAUAAAAGAAACAGAGGAAUGUUCAAAUAAACAGGUGAAGGAAUUGAAGGAAAAACAGGAAAAUCUAGUCAGACAGGUGAAGGAAAUCAAAAAAAUGAUUCAAGAUAUGAAGAUAGAAUUGGAAAAAUAAAUAAACCAAAAGUCCUUUAGUACAUCGUAGGGCCAAUAACCAACAAGACAAGGAUAUUUGCACAGGACAGCGGCACCAACUGCGAGACAAACUCAGCGGCUUCCUGGUCGAGUUGACCACUCAAUUUACCAUUGAGUGGGUACAACAAAAACAUCUUUAGCCAGUGAUGGUGGCACAUGCCUUUAAUCCCAGUACUCAGGAGUUUGAGGCCGUCGUGGUCAACACAGUGAGUUCCAGGACAGCUAGGGCUUCCCAGAGAAACCCUGUCUCAAAAAGAAAAGCAUCUUUUGAGACUGCGCUACUGACCAAUGGAAGAUUAUCAAACUUGCCAAUCCUGGUGGUACAGGCCUGUAACCCAAGCAGGAGAUCAACUUGAUGAAAUUGGUUGUCUACUUCCACCAUGUGGAUUCUGGGGGGGAAAAAAACUUUAUGGGGUAGGCAGUCUUGGCAGCAAACUCCGUGACCCACAAAGACACUUUUGCAAGGCCUGUGUUUGUUUAAUGACUAUUCUAACAAGAUUGUGAGAUAAUGGCUCCCCAUAAGCUGAUUGGCAGUUUCUUUUUAUUUUUAAUAAUGUGUGUGUGUGCCGCUAGGUGCACAUGUGCCAUUGUGCACGUGUAAAGGUCAAAAAACAAGUCUCUAGAGCCUGUUCUCUUCUUCCAUCUUUAGAUAGGUUCCAGGGAUUGAAUGCAGGCCAUUAGGUUUGCACUGGAAAUGUUAUUACCCUCUGAGCCAUCUGAUUCAACCCCUUCCUUUUGUGAUUGCUGAUAUUAAACAUCUUUUCAUA